AUGUGUCUGAAGAAGCAGGCCGCGAGGACGGCGCCGGGGUGGUUCGUGGAACAGUGGCUAGAGGAGAACAAGGAGCGCGUGAAGAAGUAUGCGGUCAGCCGAUGCGAUGGUGAUGGAUUUCUUGUUUGCUUGGGUGUUUGUGAAGACCAGCUUUUUGCAGCGCGGCAAUUUUUCCCGCUGCUAGACUACUGGGUCGGCCGUGGGCUGCUCCAUCUCUUCAUCGCCCUUCAGAUGUUGGGAAUGAAUGACCUGGAGGAGAUCGACGCAGAUGAAGGUGUCAAGACCUUCGUGGAGGCUUCAUCUUUGGCGCUGCUGGCCAUUGGCGGCUUUUUCACCGCCGGAGCAUUCCUGUGCUUCGGGCCCCUCGAAAGGCGUCAGCAGCGCCUUGCGACGCGGAAAGAGGAGGUUAUGCGGGAGCUCACUGACUUGGAAAGGCGCAAGAAAGCUCUCGAGACUGAAGCAGGGCUUUAG